AGAACGUGCUGUUAUACGCAUCAGCUGAUUCAGCUGGAAUUUCUUGCAAUUUGUUUUGAGCGCAAUAUGGAAUCGAUUCUACAGGUGAAAUUGGAACAGCCCAAUAUCAAGGAACGUUUGAAUUUGCAUGUCAAGAGGCGGCUGCAACAGGAUGCAGAUACCCCAGCCGAGAGCACUGAGUUAUUCCCUGAUCUGUCCUGGCAAGGAAAGCGUGGCAAGGCGAAGGAACCUCUGAAACAACGCAAACCGUAUCAGAAACGAGCGGAAAAGACUAAAACGGAGACCACAAAGUGCAAGAAAGCCACGCAAAUCGCCAGCCCAGCGCUGGAAGCGGAGCCACUGGACGAGCAGGAGACUGAAGCAGUAGGCUCCCCAGAGGCGGCAGAGCAUAAGUCUACUAGCCGAGAUCGCUAUAAGAAUGCGGACAUACUCAAUAUGGUGCUGAGCUCCAAGAAGCGAGCCCUAAUGCAGGAUCCCGAGGUUCAGGCAUUCUGGACUCGAAUCAUGGCAGCUAUCAAGACCUAAGGAGGUGCACCAGACUGUUAGCCGCAACUACAUAUCUCUGUUAAGGGCCGAAACGGCUAUUCAAAAUGUAUGUUAAUGGGCAUGCUCUGUUGGAGGCGUGGAGUGAAUGGUUUUUCAAAAGUUUGUUAAGUUAAAUAAUUGUAGAACUGGAAUUGAAUGUUCCUUGUCUCAGUGCGCAGUCUCCGCUCUCCCAUCUUGCCGGCCGAUGCGGUGGCCUGCGUACAGCUGCAGAUUUUGCGCUCAGAAGGAAUUUCACCGUGUCUGGGGUUGCAUCGCGUCGCGUGACCGCACAGAAAAGCAAACCAAAUAUAAUAACACUUCAAAAUA